ACAGCUGAUGAUGUUGCUUGCUUCCGUAGGUUACCUGAGAUUUUUCCUUUCCAGGUUCUUGCUCUUUUCGAGGAGUCCGAAGAGUCUAUCAGUGCAUUUGUGGAACCUUUUGUGAUAUUGCUCAUUUUGGUCGCGAAUGCUGUCAUUGGAGUCUGGCAGGAAAGAAAUGCCGAGUCGGCCAUUGAGGCCUUAAAGGAGUAUGAGCCGGAGAUAGCUAAGGUUUAUCGGAAGAGCCACUAUGGUGUGCAGCGGAUCAAGGCACGCGAGCUAGUACCCGGGGACAUUGUCGAAGUGUCGGUGGGUGACAAAGUCCCUGCUGAUAUGCGAAUCACCAAGAUCAUGAGCACCACAAUUCGUGUCGACCAGUCUAUUUUGACUGGUGAAUCAGUGUCCGUGAUUAAGUUCACCGACGCGGUACCGGAUCCUCGCGCUGUCAACCAAGACAAGAAAAAUAUCCUCUUCAGUGGGACCAACAUUGCCGCAGGCAAGGCGAAGGGCGUAGUCAUUGGCACCGGACUGAUGACUGAAAUUGGCAAAAUUCGCAACCAAAUGAUGGACACGGAACAGGACAAAACCCCACUGCAGCAAAAGCUGGAUGAAUUCGGCCAGCAGCUUUCAAAGGUCAUCUCCAUCAUUUGUGUAGCAGUAUGGGCAAUCAAUAUAGGCCAUUUCAACGACCCUGCUCACGGAGGAUCAUGGAUCAAAGGAGCAAUUUACUACUUUAAAAUCGCUGUGGCAUUGGCUGUAGCCGCCAUUCCUGAAGGUCUACCUGCUGUGAUAACAACUUGUUUGGCACUGGGAACACGCCGUAUGGCUGCAAAAAAUGCAAUCGUCAGGUCUCUACCAUCAGUGGAAACUUUGGGUUGUACCAGUGUGAUUUGUUCCGAUAAGACAGGUACCCUGACCACUAAUCAGAUGAGCGUCUGUCGUAUGUUCAUCUUCGCCAAAGGGGACGAGAAAGGUGCCGAGGUGCAGCAUUUUGAAAUUACCGGGUCGAAAUACGCUCCAGAAGGCGAAAUAUUUGUUAAUGGACAAAAGAUCGAACCUAGUGACUUCGAUGGACUAAACGAGAUAGCCCACAUCUGUUCCAUGUGCAAUGAUUCUGCCAUCGAUUACAAUGAGAGCAAACAUGUGUACGAGAAGGUGGGUGAGGCCACCGAGACUGCGUUGUGCUGCCUGGUCGAGAAAAUGAAUAUAUACAAAACAUCCAAGGUCGGACUGUCCAAGAAAGACCUAAGCAUGGUUUGCAACCAUCAAAUUCAAGACCUAUGGACAAAAGAAUUUACACUGGAGUUCUCCAGGGACCGGAAAUCAAUGUCCGUGUAUGUGACUCCGAAGCCAAAUGCCGCUUCCAAGUUACCGAGUGCUGGAGGAGAGCCAGGUCCUCGUAUGUUCGUCAAGGGUGCACCAGAGGGCGUACUGGACCGUUGCGCUUUUGUACGCAUGGCUGGAAAACGAGUGCCAAUGACGCCGGUAUUGAAAGCUGAAAUUGUUAAGAACGUAGCAGCAUAUGGCACAGGCAGGGACACCUUACGUUGCCUGGCAUUGGCCACUGUGGAUAGUCCUCCAAACAAGGCGCAAAUGGAUCUGGAAGAUUCCUCCAAAUUUUUCAAAUAUGAGCAAAACCUGACCUUCGUCGGUGUGGUUGGGAUGCUGGAUCCGCCAAGAAUGGAGGUCAUGGACAGCAUAAUCAAAUGCCGCCAGUCCGGUAUUCGUGUCAUUAUGAUCACCGGUGACAACAAAGCUACUGCUGAAGCCAUCUGUCGCCGAAUUGGCAUUUUUGCCGAAGAUGAAUCCACUACUGGCAAGUCAUUCACUGGUCGUGAGUUUGAUGCGUUACCAAUCGAAGAACAACGGGAAGCUUGUCGAAGAGCUCGCCUGUUUGCACGUGUGGAGCCGAUGCACAAGAGCAAGAUUGUGGAAUUUCUACAGGAAGAUGGGGAAGUAUCAGCCAUGACAGGCGACGGAGUCAACGAUGCUCCUGCGUUGAAGAAGGCGGAAAUAGGCAUCGCUAUGGGCAGCGGAACGGCAGUAGCCAAAUCUGCUGCAGAUAUGGUUCUAGCCGAUGACAAUUUCCGAUCAAUUGUGCUGGCGGUGGAGGAAGGUCGCGCCAUUUAUAAUAAUAUGAAGCAGUUCAUUCGGUAUUUGAUCUCCUCCAACAUUGGCGAGGUUGUUAGUAUCUUCCUGACGGCGGCACUUGGACUCCCCGAAGCCCUUAUACCUGUUCAGCUCCUGUGGGUCAACUUGGUCACCGAUGGGUUUCCCGCUACUGCACUUGGAUUCAACCCACCGGAUUUGGAUAUCAUGUCUCGGCCCCCAAGAAACAUAAAAGACCCGCUUAUCUCUGGUUGGUUGUUCUUCCGUUACUUGGCUGUGGGUGUAUACGUUGGUUGCGCUACUGUGGGAGCUGCGGCUUGGUGGUUCUCGUUGUAUCCUAAAGGACCACAAUUAAAUUACUACCAACUGACGCAUCAAUCGCAAUGCCUUGCUCAAGAAUCCCGCUUUGAGGGCAUCGACUGUGCCAUAUUCACUCACCCAAAGCCCAUGACUAUGGCUUUGUCUGUUCUGGUUCUGGUAGAAAUGCUGAACGCGAUGAACAGCCUCUCUGAGAAUCAGUCUCUACUCGUUAUGCCUCCAUGGGCCAAUGGAUGGUUAGUCCUUGCUAUGGUCAUCAGUAUGACACUGCACUUCAUCAUACUGGAGGUGGACUUCCUUUCGAAAGUCUUUCAGAUUACGCCGUUAACAUUGGAGGAAUGGUUUAUGGUGAUCAAACUAUCAGUACCGGUCAUUUUUAUUGAUGAGCUGUUGAAAUUGAUUGCGCGGAAAUUCACAGACGUUCCAAUUAAGCGGGAUGAUGUGAAAUAAUCCGACGGUGCGGAAAUACCCAGUAACGAGAACAACGAAUACUCUAUCGAAAAUUGCACCUUUCCCUCUCGGUAGUUCCCUUUACUUGUGACCUUCGUCACCGAUUCCCCCACACUCGCUCAUCUACAGAAAAGUAGAGAAAUGUUUAUAUUUUCUGUACAUUUUUGGUGUAUUUUGAAUUCCUUUGUCUUUUAUUAUGUACCCCCUGAACAAACAUUGUGUUGCGUUUAUUGGGUACAAAACGAAUGAGAAGAUUAGUUCUAUUAGAUUAGUUACUGGAACAACGAAAGCUCUACAUACUUUGAAUGCUUUUUCACUUCGCUUACCCUUCACUUCCCAAAUGCUUUCACCAAGUCUUGGUGGAUCGUGUUUGCAUAGAUACUGUUGUUUUCCGCUGUUCACCUCUUGGUUCUGCAAGGAAUCCACGAAGUCACUGGAAGAGAACAGAAACGUAUAUUCUCCAGAUACCAUCGAUUAAAGAAUUCCACU